AAUACUACUACUCCAUCUCCUCUCUCUCUCUCUCUCUCUCUCUCUCUCUCUCUCUCUGUGUAUCCUUCCCAACUCCAAAAUGCCUCCAAUCUUGCCUGAUUUCUCCCACUCUGUUAAGCUCAAGUACGUUAAACUCGGCUAUCAAUACCUUGUCAACCACAUUCUGUACCUACUCUUGGUUCCAGUUAUGGUCGGUGUUUUAAUCGAGGUUCUUCGUAUGGGACCGGGCGAAAUCUUGAGUCUCUGGAGAUCACUUCAAUUUGGCUUGGUGCAAAUCCUCUGUUCCUUUUUCUUGAUCAUUUUCGUUGCCACCGUUUACUUCAUGUCUAAGCCUAGAACGAUCUAUUUGGUGGAUUACGCCUGCUACAAGCCGCCGGUCACCUGCCGGGUACCAUUCUCCACCUUCAUGGAACACUCGAGGCUUAUUUUGAAGGAUAAACCCAAGAGUGUUGAGUUUCAAAUGAGGAUUCUUGAAAGGUCUGGGUUAGGUGAAGAGACUUGUUUGCCACCUGCGAUUCAUUACAUUCCUCCAACGCCGACUAUGGAGUCUGCGAGAGGUGAAGCAGAGCUUGUUAUUUUCUCCGCCAUGGACAAUCUGUUCCAGAAGACGGGUCUUAAGCCUAAGGACAUUGACAUUCUGAUCGUGAAUUGUAGUUUAUUUUCUCCGACACCGUCUCUAUCGGCCAUGGUGAUUAAUAAAUAUAAGCUGCGAAGCAACGUUAAAAGCUUCAAUCUUUCCGGCAUGGGAUGCAGUGCCGGUUUGAUUUCGAUCGAUUUAGCUCGUGAUCUUCUGCAAGUUCACCCAAAUUCAAACGCCGUCAUUGUGAGUACGGAGAUUAUCACGCCCAAUUACUACCAAGGGAACGAACGCGCCAUGCUCCUCCCUAACUGUUUGUUCCGGAUGGGUGGAGCCGCGAUCCUCUUAUCGAACCGCCGCUCCGAGAGGCGGCGAGCCAAGUACCGGCUCGUCCACGUGGUUCGAACCCACAAAGGUGCGGAUGACAAGGCAUACCGUUGCGUGUUCGAAGAAGAAGACAGAGAGGGCAAAGUCGGUAUCUCCCUUUCUAAAGAUCUAAUGGCCAUAGCCGGCGAGGCUUUGAAAUCAAACAUCACAACAAUCGGUCCCCUAGUCCUGCCCGCAUCGGAACAACUCCUCUUUCUCGCGACUCUGAUUGGUCGGAAAAUCUUUAAUCCAAAAUGGAAGCCGUACAUUCCAGACUUCAAACAAGCAUUCGAACACUUCUGUAUCCACGCCGGAGGGCGUGCGGUGAUCGACGAGCUACAGAAGAAUCUGCAGUUAUCAGCGGAACACGUGGAGGCAUCGAGGAUGACACUGCACCGAUUUGGCAAUACGUCGUCGUCUUCGCUGUGGUAUGAGAUGGGGUAUAUAGAAGCAAAAGGGAGAAUGAGGAAGGGAGAUAGGGUAUGGCAGAUUGCAUUUGGGAGUGGUUUCAAGUGUAACAGUGCAGUAUGGAAGUGCAAUAAAAGUAUUAAAACACCGACAGAUGGGCCUUGGGCCGACUGCAUUGACAGGUAUCCAGUCCAUAUUCCUGAGGUUGUGAAGCUCUAGGGUUUGGAGUCCUGAAUCAUCAAAAAUUCUCUGGGUUUACAUUUACUUCUGUCCCUGUAUGCUUGGAUUUCCUCUUCUUUCUCAUUUCCUAUUGUAAGUAGAUACUUACUGUGUUACUGUAUUUCUUUUAUUUGUAACUAAAGGGUUAAAUGAAAUCCUUAUGAAUUUGCAUAGUUGAGGGAGAAAAAUUUACUCUCUUUUGUGACCUGUAAGUCAAAUAACAUGUCCCCAGAUUAAUGAAAGGUGAUAUUGAAAUGAAAAA